CUCACCCAAACUGUUAACGAAUUAACGUGGCUGCCCCUAUAAUAUACCUCACCCCACUACUGUUAUUAUUAUUGCAGAAAAGAGCGAAAUCCCUGAAUGCUUAGAGAGAGAAAGAGUGAUAAAGUGGAAGAAGAAAAGAACAAUCGAUGGAAGCUGGUCUCAUGAAGGAGAAGAUGGUGUUUGAGGAAACUGAACUCAGGCUGGGACUUGGACUUGGACUACCUGGAAAUGGAGGCACAGCAACCGAAGCAGCAGUAGCAGCAGAAGGAGUGAGGAAGAGAGGCUUCUCUGAAACUCAGACUGAAACAACCACCGUUGAUUUGAAGCUUAACCUCUCCCCAAAGGAACUUUCUUCUGCUGAUGGAACAGAUCCACGUAAUAAGCCAAACACUUCGCCUAAGGAGAAAACCCUUUUGCUUCCCGACCCCGCCAAACCUCCUGCUAAGGAGCAAGUUGUGGGAUGGCCACCAGUGAGGUCAUUCAGGAAGAACAUGUUUGCAGCACAAAAGAACAUGGGAGAGGAAAGUGAGAAGAACAGCCCUAAUGCAAGCUUUGUGAAAGUUAGCAUGGAUGGAGCACCUUAUCUCCGGAAAGUGGACUUGAAGAUGUACAAGAGUUACCCAGAACUCUCUGAUGCCUUGGGAAAAAUGUUUAGCUCCUUCACCAUUGGGAAUUGUGAAUCCCAAGGCUUUAAGGAUUUCAUGAAUGAGAGCAAGUUGAUGGAUCUUUUGAACAGCUCCGACUGUGUCCCAACCUAUGAAGACAGGGAUGGUGACUGGAUGCUUGUCGGUGAUGUUCCAUGGGAGAUGUUUGUUGAAUCAUGCAAGCGUUUACGUAUCAUGAAAGGGAAGGAAGCCAUUGGACUGGCACCAAGAGCCAUGGAGAAAUGCAAGAACAGGAGCUAGAGCAGUAAUUACCGUAACCUGUUCCAGCAUCGUCAGUGGUGACAGUUGACUUAGUAACUGCAGACACAGAUGGAGAGAGCAGGAUGUUAAAAUAUAGUUAAAUUGUGCAUCAUCAUCAUCAUUAUUAUUAUUAUUAUUAUGGUUUGUUAUAUAUAAUAUUAUUUCAAACAAAGCAGUGAGAUGUCUAAUGUCUAAGUAUAAAUUAUGAACAGAAACGAUAAUCACUCUAAAUUAUGUUCCAAGACCUUCUUGUUUCUUUAAUCGUUGUGUGGUUGCGUAAUAAGUUGUUUGUCCGUUGUAGUUAUAUAUUUUUCAUUUUCCACUUUUCAACUUGUCCUUUUUCCUUCUCCACCAUCAUUGAUUCCUUGUAUUCAUCAAAUUUUUGAUUUGUAUAAUAUUAAAUUGUAUUGCAUGGAUGUUAGUU